AUGGUCACGGUGAUGGGUGUGUGGGAAUGUGGUUCACCAUCUCCCAUACCGCGGCAGCAGGUGGCGGACCGUGUCGGCCGGUUGCCCGGACAGCCACCUGUCAGUUUCAGGCAGUAUGCCGGCUAUGUCACUGUUAACCAAACUAAUGGCAGAGCCCUCUUUUAUUGGUUUUUUGAAGCCACCAAGCAACCCCAUAACAAACCUCUCGUCCUUUGGCUCAACGGAGGUCCAGGAUGCUCAUCAAUAGGCUAUGGGCAAUCAGAAGAGCUGGGACCUUUCUAUCCUCAGAAAGGGACGAAGCCAGAGCUCAAGUUCAACAACAAUACGUGGAACAAAGGGCAUUACGUCCCUCAGCUUGCGAACAUUGUCGUUGAGAAAAACAAAAUUGCACUUGAAGACGACCAAAUUAACAUCAAAGGGAUUUUGAUAGGGAAUGCAGUGCUGGACGAUGAAACAGACCAAAAAGGAUUGAUAGAGUAUGCGUGGGACCAUGCGGUUAUAUCGGACUCAUUGUACGAUGAGAUUAAGAGAGAAUGCAAUUUCAACAGCUUAAACUUGACGGUGCAAUGCAAUGAUGGUCUGGAUAAGUACUUUGAGGUGUAUGACAUCAUAGAUAUGUACAGUUUGUAUACCCCUGUUUGUGCUGAUGAUGACAAUGGUACCACCAUUUCCAAACCCUCCGGUAUUCCCAAAUUUUUAACUAAAAAUAAUUAUGGAAGAAGGAGGCCGUUAUCUGGGUACGACCCUUGUGCCUCAUCGUAUACUUCGGUUUAUUUGAACCGAGCAGAUGUCCAACGUGCUCUUCAUGCUAACGUAACUGGAAUUCGUUAUCCCUGGACACACUGCAGCGAUGCUAUCACGAAGUGGAAUGAUGCACCUUUCUCCAUACUUCCUAUUCUGAGACAACUUAUUGCUGCAGGACAACGCAUUUGGGUUUUCAGUGGAGAUACAGAUGGUAGAGUACCAGUUACAGGAACAAGGUACAGUUUAAAAAAAUUGGGGUUGCGAGUGAAACAGGAUUGGACUCCAUGGUAUACUUACAACCACCAGGUUGGUGGAUGGACGGUUGAGUACGAUGGUCUGACAUUUGUGAGUCGGCCGGCUGCGGCGAAGCGUCUCAAGACAUGCUCUGCGACUUCUGAUGGCCCUCUUUCAUCAUCGUCAGCAGCUGCUAUUUCCUCGGACCAGAAGCAAAGAAUCGAAUUCAACAGAGCCCUCGCCUUAUCCAAGCGAAACUUCAAAAUCUGCUCUGAUAAACUCUCCAAAUCAGAUGCUUCAGGCGUGCCGUAUGUAAAGUUGGAAGAGCUACUGGUGGAGGAUACAUGGUUGAAAGUGCUAGCAGGGGAGCUGCAAAAGCCUUACGCAAAAAAGCUGUGUUCGUUUGUGGAAAAUGAAAUAUACCAUGGCAGCAUACCAAUUUACCCUCCUCAGCAUCUGAUUUUUAAUGCACUUAACACGACUCCAUUUGACCGAGUUAAGGCUGUAAUUAUCGGACAGGACCCAUAUCAUGGGCCAGGCCAGGCAAUGGGGCUCUCUUUUUCUGUUCCGGAUGGUGUCAAAGUCCCUUCAAGUCUUUUAAACAUAUAUAAAGAACUUCAUCAAGAUUUGGGAUGUUCAAUCCCAGCUAAAGGGAAUCUAGAAAGAUGGGCUGUUCAGGGUGUUCUCCUGCUAAAUGCUGUUCUAACUGUUAGACAACACCAGGCAAAUUCACAUGCCAAAAAAGGGUGGGAACAGUUUACUGACGCUGUAAUUGGAGCGAUUUCACAGAAUAGAGAAGGAGUUGUUUUUCUCCUUUGGGGAAACUAUGCUCAGGCCAAAUCUAGGUUGAUAGAUGAAUCUAAACACCAUGUUCUCAAAUCAGCACAUCCUUCUGGUUUAUCUGCAAAUAGAGGCUUUUUUGGAUGCAGAAACACAAUCGUGGUCUCGUCUCCAUCAUCCUCCCUCCCUCGGUUGAGAAGGAUUCGGCCGCAAAUCCGAAUCGGUCUCGUCUCCAUCGGAGUCGUAAGCAUGGCGGAACCGUCCGAUGUUUUUCCGAUCGAACACGAAGGUUGA